CCUGCAUGACACUCGUUGACAACUGUUUUGUUCAUUCUUUUGUUUUCAGCAUUUCUUUUGUGGAACUGGGUUCUCUUCGAUUGAAGCUGGGCUUCUCUUCUUCGUUAGCUUCUUUAAUACUGACAGCUCUCACAAAUUGAAAUGCAAAUUAUUUCUCCAUUGACCCAGCCGUGCUGACGAACCUUGUAAUCAAUCAUGAACUCUUCAACUCGUCUGUACGGACGUCUAGAACAGAUUCCCCAAGACCCCUCGGACCCUGAGAGCUUGGAAGAGCUAGUGGUCUGCGCAUUUGGUGCCUUCGAACGAUACUAUGUCUGCUGGAGAAACCGAGGCGGAGAAUACAGGCAAGAUGGCUAUGAUCUCCCCCCAGCAUUGCACGAAUGGCUGUUUCCCACAGAUGGGUCAUUUCGCGACUUCCCUUCGCUGCAGGUUGUCUUUGGCCGCGGUGAUGAGUACUUUGCCUCCGACAAGAACGGUAAACUCGAGAACAAGGAAACGGAGAUUAAGAAACCGCAACCGCGAGCAGAGAGCCCAGAAAAGGUUGAUAAGCCUAUUCUAAGGAGGUCGAGGACAAUAUCUUUCAUCCGACCACCACCUGACCCCAUCAUGAAACCAUUUAGCCCCGCCACCGACACCCCCCCAAUCCGAGAAGUGCUGAGUAGACCACCUUCCGUGGCGAUUCAUUCGCAACCAUCUUCGCGACCGUCUUCGACGUCUUCGAUAACGUCCGCUCCACAACCCUCCUCCCGACCCCCUUCGAUGAUCCUAGGGUCGCAACCAUCCUCACAAUCUCCAAGCUUAGCAUCCAUCAGAGCAGUGUCAGAUUCAGCCCCAAAAUCGUACGGUCCAGUCACCGACACCCCGAUUCGAGACUCUCCCACAAUGUCUCCAAUGCCAGUUGUUCCGCGGCAGACAACAAUACGACCAUUAAGCAUGUCCUUCAACCCGGGCGCUUUUCCCCGGAUCCUUGAAGAAGAUAAAUCCCUCCCCGACUCCUCCAUCCUGCGAAAACGAGAUUCGGGCCACUGUACAUGCGGAUGCCACAUCGCAUCCCCACCCGCCCCCGCCCGUCCUAUUUACGCCGACGCCAGCGUUCAAACAGACCCGGAACCCAAGCGUAGGCCAGAACCGCUUCGCGUCGACACAGCUAGCGAUACAUCCAGCCUAUCCAGCCGCAGCAACCGCUCAAGCGUCUACGACAUUGAAACACCUAUGACGGAAGCGCUCCCCGCACCUAAUCCCGUCGUCAUGGGCGGGAUGCUCAGCUAUUUUAACAAUCCGGGGUACAGGUUAGGAGAUUCGCUGCGAUCGACGUAUUACUCGUAUCAGCUGCAGCCGGUGGGUGAGCAGGACGGGUAUGGGCUGCAGGAGAAAUGGAAUUCGGCGGUUAUGGGCCGAAGACAGACUGUGUGACCGACUGACAGACGGAGAUAGAUUGGAUUUUUUUUCGUUUGUGGUUGUCCCGCUGGAAAGUUUCUUUGCUUUUCCGGGCUUUUUCUGGUCUUGGCUGGGUUAGGCUGGGAGCAGCCCCGCCGUUGGAGGCCAAUAGUGCGAUGCCACGGACUCGUUCUCAAACUGGUCGUAAACGCUAUACACGAC